AUGGCAGUCACUGGUGUGCAUGCUUUAUACUGCAGUGCCCAGACCCAAAUUCAAUCUCACCAGACAAGCCGAUAUCUCCUCCUCACGUUCACGGAUUAUGGAGUGAAAGUGAUGCUUAAUCGCAAUGUGUUUUUAGUGGAUGUAGUGAGGGAUGACAAGGGCAGGGUCUUGAAACUUGACUCAAUAGUGGGUGGCAAGCUAUGGAAAGGGAUUGACAUGCUAAUCUUCAACACUUGGCAUUGGUGGAACCGCAGAGGAGUUGGACAACCAUGGGAUUAUAUUCAAGUAGGGAAUGAGACAUACAAAGACAUGGACCGAAUGGCUGCUUUUGAGAGGGCACUCAAUACUUAG